AUGCGUCUAUUAAAUGUCUCAACUCUCCAGCUGAAAGACUUCAUCGGACAAAUCCCUCCCUACGCAAUUCUCAGUCACACAUGGACCGAUGAAGAGGUCCUCUACAGCGACAUUGGCACUUUGACUGCUCACUCAAAACAAGGCUACCCUAAACUUAUCGGUUGUUGCAGAAAGGCAGCUCAAGAUGGCUUCGACUGGGUGUGGAUUGACACUUGCUGUAUUGACAAGUCCAGUAGCGCUGAGCUAUCCGAGGCAAUUAAUUCCAUGUACAAAUGGUAUCAAAAAGCGACCGAACUAAUCGCGCCUCAAACCGUCGAGCUCUGUUCCAAAGAAUGGACCGUGAUCGGUACAAAAAAGAGUCUCGCUUCAAGUAUAGAAAGUGUUACUGGCAUCCCAAUCACUGUACUACGUGGUUCCCAUCCUUCGACAUACAGCGUCGCCGAGCGAAUGUCGUGGGCAUCGGCUCGAACCACAACCAGAGAGGAAGACCUAGCCUACUGUUUAUUGGGCUUAUUCGAUGUCAACAUGCCACUUCUCUAUGGCGAAGGAGCCAAGUCAUUUAUCCGACUUCAGGAGCAGAUUCUCAGACAAGAAGAGGACUAUAGCAUGUUUGCAUGGACUCUCCAGCAAGAUAACCCAAUAGCCGAUGCCGAAACCUCUUCUACUGGGUUUCUGGCUUGGUCACCCUCGCAAUUCUCCAAGAAUUCUCUACGUGCUCGAGCUUCAAAGCACACGCAGGGCCAGAAGAUGAUCGAUCAUGGCCAUGCAUUUCCUCCCCCUUCUGAGCUUGAUGCGGAAAAACAGAGCAUCGAAUAUCGAGUCCUGCACGACAAGGAAUACCACCGCAUGUUUCGAGGCCACAAUAGCAUCGUUGCAAUGCAGUCAGUCCCCCCGAGUCCUCCCGAGUUCACAAGUCGCGGUUUGCGUAUCAAUCUGCAUGUUCUGUUCCCUACUGAUCUUCACUUGGCCCCAGUUGCGUGGCUAUCAUACGAGACAGAGGACAGUCUUGUCUGUGUCCUAAUAGAACGUGACUAUGAGUCGGCGCGACGACGGGUUUAUUGCAGAGUUAAAUCGUCUUUACUUAUCGGUGUGCCCAAGACACUGCUCCCGUAUUUUAGAGCUACGGAGCUAUUCAUUCGACCCAGUGGCUACUUCACAGGUUCAAAUAACUUUGGCAUGAAUCCCCCGACUUCAAUGUUUUCGUCAAAGCAAUUGCAGAUCUUGACACAAGUCUCAUCGACAACUACACGCUCCCUAGAUAUCGUCUUGUCUUAUCCAAACGACAACUGGAUGAAACAAGGAAUUCCGAUACAUGAAUCCCCAUUCAAAGCUCUCUGGGUUUCCUGUUCAUAUGGCUCUCAGUCCUCACUCUUUCGGAUCGACAUUAUGAUAUCGGCCGACGAUGCUUCAUGCACUAUUCGAGAACUUUCGCAGCCUAGCAACGACAUCGAUGAACCUCGCAAGAGCGCGCUAUUCCGAGCUUGUGCACAGUAUAAGAAGUCUUUUGUUGCACAUACAGACCGUGCUGUAAAACAGUCUGCCAGAGUUCCAGAGACUGUAUUUUCAGCUGUUCUCCGGAAGAUGCCAACUUCCCUUGAGGACCUUUUGAUUUAUGAGCUUCAAGUCGAUGCUUGGGAUGUGGGCAGCUGCCCAAGUUGGGUUCAAUUGAGUUUAUUGCAGGGACGUAAAGAGGCUGACGAGGUGAAGACCCCCUGA